CGAGUUCUGUCACUGGUCCGGACUGCUCAAACUGUCACAGGUCCGGGCUGUAACGCCUGGCGUAAGUGCCCGACUACAACUCCUGGUAGCCUAUGGAACCAGACACGAUGGAGCCACAACCGACCACGGGCGAAGUAGGAGAGGAGUACAGGACAUCGCCCGAUCGAGCACUGAGGGAUUUGAAGGAACGAAUUAGGCAAGAAGCACCGCUGAGAUGGGUUGACCAAACCAAUGACGGAGGGUCCGACAUGAGAGGCGAACCAGUUGCGACAGAGCCGCAGGAGGCUCUAAGGACGGGUACCUCGAGCGGACGACGAGAAGCGACGAGGCGGCGCUCCCCCGAGUACGAGCGGAGGGACACCAUAGCGGACAGGGAAGUUAAGGAAGCUCGACCGAAGGAUGAAAAAUGGACUACGUACAAGAAGAACCUCGUUGAGCUUUACAAAUUGGAGGAUAACAAGUAUUCCAUCAAGGACCUUGAAACAAUGACUCAAGAUGAAGAUGAGAGCGUACGGGCAUUUGGGAUGCGUUUCCAAAAGAUCUCCGACGUGCUGACGAAGAAGGGGAAGAUCUCAGAGGUCGAGCGYUGUACUAUCUUCAUCGGACACUUGUCCAAMGGUAGGCAAAAGAGUAUACUUAGAGAUCUUCCGCGCGGCAGGCUUGAUUUCCCAGAAGUCCUAAAGCUCGCGAUAAAGGCAGAGGCAGACGAUUACAAGGACUUGGUGUGGAGAGGGAUGAGGAGACGUGACUUCUCUCUCUACAAGGAGUAUGUCACUCAUAGAUGUCCUGAUUUCAAGGAUUAUCCCUGGUCGGAGAAGAAUAAGGUCGUGGCUGAGGAAAUGAAGGAGAUACGGGACAUGGUGAAGGGAUUAACGGGACAGGCGGCCAGGAAUUCGAUCUCUAGAGGCGCAGACGACAAGGCAUCUACUCCCAGGAACUCAUGCGUCUACUGUAGAGGAGAAGAUCAUAUCAAGAGGGAUUGCCCGGACCUCAAACGGGCAAUAGAAGAGGGACUUGUUGUGCUUGACGACCGCAAGUACGUCAAAUGGGCAAAUGAUCUCAGAGAUGUAUCGAUGUUCCCUUCGAUGAAGGAGAAUGUCGAAGCAAGGAGAAUAAAGACGAGUAAAAGAAUCGAGCCGGUCAGGAGCCAGAGCAUCAAGAUAACCUUUGAGGGGGACAUGGCGACCACACCCAUAAGGGUGGCAGCUACCAAGUCGGCAAGAGGGUCUACAUCGAAGAAGACUGAUACGGAUUAUGUGAUGGCUGAGAAGGACGGGCAGCGGGUCGAUGGAGAGGAGGUUAUCCUUUCGCCGCGAAAGCGGGGAGUGAAGAAGUUCUUAAUGAAGAUUUCGCUGGACGAGAUUGACACGGACCUUCAGAAGGUCAACGCGGUGACGAUACGAGACGUGGGCUCCGUGCCACACGCCGAUUUACUGGCAGAAGGCGCAGCAGGUAGGUCGAUCUAUUCGGUUUGUGAUUUGUUCUCAGGCUAUGAUGAGGUACCGCUUGACCCUAGGGACAGACAGCUCACGGCUAUGCAUACGCCAUUGGGACUGAUUCAAAUGAUGGUUGUCCCUAUGGGUUGGACUAAUGGGGUAGCCGUUUUUCAGAGAGCCAUGGUAGCCGUCCUCAGGGACUUCAUCCCUAAUAAAGUUGAAGUUUUUCUGGAUGACUUUCCUAUAAAAGGGUCAGUAGAGAAGGAUGAGACAGAGGUUAUACCUGGGGUUAGAAGAUUCGUCGAGCAGCACCUAACAGACAUUUGCGCGGUACUCGAGCAGCUGGACGAUGCGAAUUUGACAGUCAGCAGAACAAAGAGCCGAUGGGUCGUCUCGACUAUUAAGAUCUUAGGUUUUAUCUGUGACUCGAGAGGACGCCGAGCAGAUCCGGCGAAGUUGGACAAACUUCUGAACUGGCCUUCACCGUUACAUAGCCCAACCGAGGUCCGGCAGUUUCUAGGGGUGGUCGGUUACUGGCGUAUAUUCAUACGAGGGUAUGCGGAGAAGGCUGAGCCAUUGAGGUUACUCCUUCGAAAGACUGAAAAAUUCUAUUGGGAUUCUUCGCAGGAAUUCGCUAUGCAAGAACUUAAAGACGAAUUUAAGGAGGGAGGACGCGUGUUGGGCGUGCCGUUCUUUGACGAUGAGACCGAGAGACCCUUCAUAGUUUCCGCGGAUGCUGGACCAUGUUCAAUAGGUGGUUUGCUGUCUCAAAAGGACGCUGGAGGGAAGGAAAGRCCGUUAAGAUUUGAGAGUAGGACACGUAAUGCGGCUGAGCGUAACUACAGUCAAUUCAAGAAGGAAGUGUUAGCUGUUCUCCAGUGUCUAGAGACGUUCAGACACUAUAUCUAUGGGCGACAGUUCAUCUUGAGAGUAGACCCCACCGCGGUUGCCUCUGCCCUCCAGAAGGACUUUAGUUUGACGGACCCGACCAUCGCCCGAUGGUUAAUACGGAUUCGGCUAUACGAUUACACGGUUAAGAGAGUAUCUGGUAUAGCAAACACGAGUUCCCUGUUGCUCGCCGAGGACCUCGGAAGCGAGCGCGGCGAAGUGACAGGCGUCGUGGCUCAUGGCUUCAGCGAGCAACAGAAUUCCCUCCCCGGGUUUCCCCACAACGGGCAGCUGCAGCUAAUGCUCAACGCAGGGCUCAACCACAUCCCCCUCAGCCCCUUGGACGAGGACUUCGCUAUGGGGGAGAUCAAGGAAGUUGUGGACAAGAUCCUGGCCACUGACAGAUGCGAUGCAGAGCUUACGAUGGAGGAAGAGAAGCAGGUCAAGAAGAUCGUUUUCAAUAACAUUAGGGGCUGCUUGAGAGACUAUCAUGUCACGGACAUGCACAUCGGAGGGGAGUCGAACAACGCGGUCGCAGUCAGGAGCGAGAUCGAUUGGCUAACUCAAACAUUCCUCAUCUGCCCAACGGACAAAGCGCCUCACAUGCCGACAUUCGUUUGUACCAAUUUCAUCAGAAGAUUGGCACUGAAGCGGCUCUCGGGUCACAACUUUGUACCUACAAUAGAACAACCCACGCGAGCUGCAGCCAGGCUGAUGCAGGAGGCCUCAACCUUCGCCCCCACCACAUGCAUGGAGGACAAAACGCAGCUGCCGCACCUCAUGACGGUCUACAAGGCGCAUAAGGAAUCCUUCAAAUGGAUAACCAACACAACUGGAUCGGUGUUGGCACCAGUGGCGAAGAUUUGCGACUGCAUUUGGAAGCUACUGGCUAUCGACGUACAGGUGUUGUGUGCAAAGAAGAGCAAGCUUGUGGAGCAGGAAUUUGGAUUCCGGCCUAAUUUCUGGUGGCCGAUCUCCUCCAUCGGUGAGUUCGUAGCCAAUCUUCCGGAACGAGUCUACUGGAUCUAUACGGGAGACAUCACAAGGUGCUUCGAGACGAUACAGACAGACAGCUCGGAUGAAGGAUUGAUUGAGGCUGUCAAGUUCUUCGUGGCAUGCGCGAUGGAAUGAAGGAGCGAAAGGACGACAAGGGAUAGGGUUGCUAUCUCCAUCA